AUGAGGAAGAGACGGAUGUGCCAGCUGCAGAUGGUCGCCGCCGCUGCCGGCAACCCCGGCACCUGGUCAUGCCCACCGCGUGUUGUGCUUUUUUGCUGCGCCGCAAAGUUUCCAGCUACCAUGGCGGGCCUGGCCAGCCUGGGCGGCAUCGUGGUGGCCCAAGAGGCAGCCACCGACCUGGCGGCGGCGGGAGCGGGAGCAGUGGCGGCGGCAGCAGGAGCAGCGGAUGUGGCAGCCGACGUGGCUGCCGCCGCAGGCAGCGCCGCGGCCGCCGUCGAUGUGGCCGCCGCGGCCCUGCCGGCUGUCACCGUGGCGGCGCCUGCUGUGGAGGCGGCAGCCAAUGCCGCCGCCGCCGCCACGCUGCCAGCUGCGGCGGUGGCCGAGGCAGUUGUGACGCAGCUGCCUGCUGCACCCGCGGUGCCGGCCAUUGCAGAUGCCGCCAUGGCAGCGCUGCCAGUUGCGGCGGCGGCCGAGGUGGCCAGCCAGCUCCCGGUGGCCGCGCCGGCAGUCGUCGCCACCACCUCGGCCGCGGCGCCGGCAGUGGUGGCGCAGCUCCCGACUGUCGCCCCUGCCGUCGUCGCCUCCACGUCAGCAGCAGCGCCAGCGGUGGUGGGGCAGCUUCCUGUGGAGGCAGUCGCGUCUGCCGCGCUGCCCGCUGCCACGGCGGCCGAGGCGGUGGUGGGCAAGCUGCCCGCCGCGGCUCCCGCGGCCGGCGACGUGGCGGCGCAGGUGACGCGGCUGCUGGCAGAGGCGCCUGCGGUGGCGGGGCAGUCUGCGGAGAUGGCCAGCAAGACUGUGGGGACUGCGGUGGGCGAGGUGGAGGCCGCAACCACGGCAGUGCAAGAAAUCGCGCAGGGCGGCCUGAUGGAAGCCGAGCGUGUCGUCUCCGCUGCUGCCAGCAUGGACACCGCUGUGCUGACAGCCAAGGUCGGCGUGGCGGCUGUGGCGGCCAAGUCUGCCUUCGACUUCCUCACCCAUUCCUCUGGCCUGCUGGCAGCGGCUGGGGCGGUGGCGGUGGCGGCCUUUGUCGUGGUGCCACUGGCCAGGGCUGGAAUGGAGGCGUCAUCGGCAGCCCAGGGCUCGGCGGAUGACAAGGCCGCUGCAGAGCCUUCGGCGGUGGCAUCGGCGCUUGCGGAUGCGGCAGCAGCGCCUGUGGAUGCGGCUGCAGCCCAGGCCAGCACUCUGCCCCCGGGUCCCCAGUCAGCCAGCCCAGCCGAGGAGCAGGAGGUUGUGGCGCCAGUAGAGCUGGUUAACACAGGUGGGUCUGUGUGGUCUGUUUGGCUGGAAUCCGGCCGAGUGUUGGGCUGA